AUGCAAGCCAUGGCUGUCCCGGGAGUAGUAAGUGCGACCUACAACUUGAGCCCAGACCUAGGCAGACCUGGUAGCAUACACGAUCUUUUUCUGCCUCGCCAAGUGUCGCUAGCGUGCAAUGUAGGCCAGCCAGAAGAAGAAUCCGACAAAGAUGAGGAAGUCGAGUUUUUCGGUCGAAGGGCCUCAGUCUUUCCUCAAGAAAUUAUUGAUCAGAUCAUCGAUUACAACUACGAUGGUAUCCCUAGCCUCCAAGCUGCCUCCCUCGCCCCCCACUCGUUUCUACCCUCUUUCGGAGUACAUCCUUUCGCUGAAGUCAUAUUUGUACACGAACAUGUCCUCGGUCCCGUCCCAGAAAUGUUCGUCGUACAGGACAUAACUGGAAGACUUUCUACAUGCAGGGACUUUCUCUCUCUCCUACUGGAGGCCCCCUGGAUUUCUAGCGUCGUCAAAACACUCGUCCUCCAUAAUAGGGACGAAGUACACUCAGUAAACGGUAUUCUUAGCAAUGUACCAGGCCAGUCGUGGAAAGCAUUAAGCGCUGAUCUGCGAGCAACAUUUAUCACGACGCUUCCUCGCCUCUCCCAGCUAGAUGUCGAUUUUCUCUCCUUCGAAGAUGCUGCUGAAUUUAUUGAAGUCAUCCGAGAAGCCAAAUUGCUAAGACACUUCUCCUAUGUCAAUACUAGCGGUAUCAACUCCUAG